AAAGUAACGCGCUCGUGAGUAACAACUCCUCCGGUCUCGGCUCAUCUGUUAUUAAGAUCUGAUGGAGGGGACGUGUUUAUAUGGCGGCGUUGCAGGGGGAGAAAGGCUCUGUGGGGCGUUCUUAAAAGAAUUUAAACUGCGCAAUUCUUCCUCAUUAGCUCAUACACCCGAAAAGAUCGGUUUUCGGCUCGUAUCGCAGCUGUCCAGCAGCUGGGAUUUUUUCUUCACCCCUGCAGUGGGAUGGCUAAUGAUGUCACUAAUGCUGAUGCAUCUGCAACCAGUAGAAAAGGGCCAUUGGUACCAGUUUGUGAAGAGCUUCUUUCUGAUUGAGCUCAGGGAGACGAACAGCUUGGAGAGCCAAUCAUCAUGGAGAAGAGAAAAGCUCAAAUUGAAAGCGAGGGAAAGUGUAGUGAUCUCUGUUGAGAUCUGCAGUGGAGGGAUUCUCAGACUCAUCAGUGCGGCUGAAUGUAUCACAUAGCAGAGCAGUAUUCUGGACGUAACUCGUGGGACUCUUUCCCUUCUUCUGGGCCAAAUCGAGCACCAUGGGCCCCGGGCAGCAACCGGCACUGGGCCCCUCCAUCCAGGUGCAGUGGAGGGAAUUAUCAAUCCCAAAACUACACAGCAGGAAGAAGUUACCCAAAUAAAGCUUAUAACAACAGACCUCCAGGUUUCAGCAGGGACAGGCCCCACACACACCCCAGAGACAGAGGCAUCGGAAAAGAGCAAAGGGUCCCGAGGGGCUGCGGACCAACACUGAGCCAGCACCACAAUCCAGAACGCCCCACCCUAAACUACAACUCAGGGUGUGGAGGACACCUCUCUAGCAGCAACAAUCACAGCAGCCAGCCACACAGGUAUGGGGGUCCACAUCAGCAGCAGCGUUCCACCGGGCGCCCCCCACAGACCCAGGGAGAAAAAUGGACACAAUCGACUCAGUCCAGGACAUUCCAAGGCCCCUCUCUCAAACGUCCACCGCCUCCUCACAAUAUGUCACCACCACACCGGGAUCCAUCCCCUUCACGAGACGACUGUCCAAGCAAGAGGAGCAGGAGCGUAAGUUCACAUCAGAAUUUCCACACGAGAGAGAAAUAUUUCAUCAACCGUCCACCUCCAUCACACCCACCUCGGCCAUGGAGCCCAGCAUACAAAAACUCAAUGCCCUGGAGCCUGUCUGAGAAGAGGUCCUCUCCCUCUCGCUUUCAGGAGUCCAGUCAUUCAGUCAUGAGAGAUCACAGACCAUAUUCCAUCCCAUCGCCACCCAACAGUGCCCCUAGCCAGGGCCUUCACAGCAAGAAACCCACCAAACAGGGGCAACCCCAUCAUCCGGUCCGAGAUCAUCCAGGCCCCCAUCCCCGUGGGGCCAAAGGGGGCUGGGACUGCCCACCACCAGCAAACCUCACCAGUGUGCCUUACAGUCAGCAGCACCAGCUCCCUCCACCACAGAGGCACACCGGCCCCUUCAGCAGCCCAGCCACCUCAGUACCUCAGCCCAGAUUCAAUACAGCACAGCCUGGCUGGAAAACACAGAGAAAACAUGGCAGCAGUGAGAUGGGACGUACCACCUCUGAUAUGGAAUCUCAAGAGUCUAUGGGUGUGGACAGAAAACGGCCAAGUGCAUCUAAACAUAUUAGCCGCCAACGGAGUCCCAUCCAGCCAUACAAUAGUGCAGAGGGUAGAGUCACAGAUUGUUCAGAAUGGAGGAGCCCAGAGAAUGGGUUAAAGAAACACUCGGAUUCCCUUUUUGAACCCAGCACUCAAACCUCAGAAAGAGGUCCGAGGGCACAGAAGUCAGAAAUGAAGAAGAGCAGGCAUUCUAAACACCAGACUGGAUUCAAAUCCACCCACAAGAGCACCCUCAGCAAGCUGGACACUGAACUCUUGAAACACAUUCAGGCCAAGAGGAGGCACAAGGAGCGUUUAAGGAGGAAGGAGAAAAAAAAGGAAGGAGAGCUGUUAGACACAAGAGAAGAAAUGGAGAAAAAAAUGGAGGACAGGAAAAAGAAAAAAAUGAGAGAUGGAAGAAAGGGGCAUGACAAGAAGAAUAUACAUCAAAAUGGUAAAAAGUUGGGACAGAUAACAAGAGCAAAGGAGGAGGGGAAAAAAGGAACGCUUGAAGACAGGAAGAGUCGGACGCCAACUUCAAAGUCAGCAUCUCCCAAUUUAGGAACACUGUAUCCCAGUGAUUCUGAACCUCUGCUGGAUGACCUACUGUCUGAGCCACUUCAUCUCAAUCACAGAGAGGAAGAGUUCUCUCAACAUACCUCAGGGUUCAUCCCACCUUCUAAAUCUCCUCCUGUCAGUAAUAAUCAUUGUUCUCCAUGCCAAUCAACUCAUGAAGCCAAUACUAAAGCCUUAGAGGUUGACAACCAAUCCGAAACUUCUGAGCCUGACCACGUAGACACUAGCGAUGAUGACAGUGUAGAAGCCCAUGAUGUUGGCAGGUCCAAACAUACUCUUCCUGAUAAGCGGAAGGUUUGUGAUGAAGAACCCAUCAGAAGCAAGGAGGUUGUUUUAGGGUUGCAUAGUGCCCCAGACCUCCUUCCAGCUCACUGCACCUAUAGUGAAGAGCUUUUAAGGCUGGAUCCACCAACAAGUCCACCUGUUCUGAGCUGGCAAGGCUCUCCAGUGUCGGACUUAGGUGACGAUGAUGAGGAAGGGAAAGAGGGAGAUAUGAUUAGAGUUCUGAGGAGACCCGUGCUACAACCGAGUCCAACACACUCAUCUCCACUAAGAGACCCAGUGGAGAUCAACACUGGAGUUGACUAUUGCCACAGUGACCUGGCCAGGUUGUAUGGCCUUCCUGAGACCUCUAAAGCAAUGGACACUGAGGAAGAGGAUGAAGAAAAGAGAGAAGGAGAGCAGAAAUAUAGUAGUCCUGAUGCAUCAAGCAGCUCUGAACCCAGCAAACCACACUUGCACCAAAUGGACACAUUUGAAUCAUCAACCUCAGCCAUUAGCAGCCACAGAUACACUUACAGGGGUGGGCCGUUUGGUCGGCCACCUCCUGGUGCUUUAGUUGGGGUAAAAUACGCGUCAUCUUUGUCCUUGGGUCCUGAGAUACCCCCUCCAGACCAGCAUAGUCCACCUGCCACAUCUCCAACUAUGGAAAUCCCAGAUCAGGUCACAUCACCACUGAUCGAGCCUGCAGAUAAGGACAAAGAGAGUGAAACAGAGAACGAAAACAUGGAAACCAAUGCAAUAGAGGAUGAAAAAGAGAUGGAUAAACAAGUUGAGAUCAAAGACACAACCUGCAUUUCACUGGAGGAGAAGGAGCCUGUGAUGUCUCCCGCCACCCUGCAGGCUAAACUAUUACAAAGCUGCGAGCUACUGCUCAAUCAAAACUCCAGCCCUGUGUCAAAGGCAAUGAAAGUCAGUGGGCCCACAUCUACUGAGAAAGAAAAAGAACAAGACAGGGCCAGACAGAAAGAUCAAGUGAGGUCUCCAAGAAAAUCUGGUAAGAGCAUAAAAGGAGAAGGUCCUGAGAAGUGUAAUGGAGGAGAGAACAAAAAGGACAUGGUGAAGGAUGAGACAGAGACAAAGGAUUCAUCUUCUGAAAGUUUAGAUGAGUACUUGGUGGAAAUCAAUAACAAACAGGUUGUCCCAGAAAACCAAAAAAUUGACUUAAAAGAUGGAAAUACAGAAUCUAAAGACGUCGAGAGAGAAAAAGAGACAGAUGUUAAAAAAGAGAGCAUGAAAGAAGACACAGUAAAAGCUGAUACAUCUGCCACAGCAUCAUCUACAUCUGCCACAACCAAGACACAAACCUCUGUUACUGUGACACCCUCCAGAAGACCUCUGCUGCUGGAACGAGUCAAUCUCCUUAAUCUGAAAGAGUUGUCUAAAAUUCCCUUAAAAGAAUUGAAGAUCUGUUUGGUCAAGGUUGAGAGUGGAGGUCGGCAGACUUUCAUUGCCUCAGAGAUCGAGCAGAAGACCAUGCCACUCAGUGCCAUCAACAUCAAAAAUAAAGCAGAUGAGGUCAUUCGAGCAUGCAAAGGGGCAAACAUCAAGAACAAGUUUCGGGAGUCAUAUCUGCUUCCAGAGUUUUCAGUGAAACCUGACCUUUCCACCAAUGCUCCUAUUCCCAGAGAGAAACUGAACCCUCCAACACCAAGCAUUUAUCUAGAGAGUAAAAGAGACGCUUUUUCUCCGGUGCUGCUGCAAUUCUGCACAGAUUCUAAAAAUGCUGUUACUGUCAUCAGAGGACUGGCUGGAUCCCUCCGUCUCAAUCUGGGUCUGUUCUCCACCAAAUCCCUGGUGGAGGCCAACUCUGAGCAUGCAGUGGAGGUGAGGACUCAGGUACAGCAGCCAGCCGACGAGAACUGGAACCAUUCAGGAUCCGCCCAGACCUGGCCCUGCGAAAGCAGCAGAUCUCACACCACCAUCGCUAAAUACGCACAGUACCAAGCAUCCAGUUUCCAGGAGAGCUUACAGGAAGAGAAAGACAGUGAAGAUGAGGAUGAAGAAGACAAAUCAGAGGGAAAUGUAACAAAAUCCAACUCUGAAGGAAACACUCUGACUUCUACUACUGCUUCCAGCUCAGAUCAGAAAGCCAUUGGAAAAAUCAUUAAAUUUGGAACCAACAUUGACUUGUCAGACCCAAAACGGUGGAAGCUGCAGCUGCAGGAGCUGCUGAAGUUGCCCGCGUUCAUGCGUGUUUCUUCCAGCACCAACAUGCUGAGUCAUGUUGGCCACACUAUACUGGGCAUGAACACUGUCCAGCUUUAUAUGAAGGUCCCUGGCAGCCGCACACCAGGACAUCAGGAAAAUAAUAACUUCUGUUCAGUGAACAUCAAUAUUGGCCCUGGAGACUGUGAGUGGUUUGCGGUCCAUGAACACUACUGGAAAGCCAUCAGUGACUUGUGCGAAAAGCAUGGCGUGGAUUAUCUGACAGGCUCGUGGUGGCCGGUCCUGGAGGACCUGUAUCGUUCUAACAUCCCGGUGUACCGCUUCAUUCAGAGACCCGGGGACCUGGUGUGGAUCAACGCUGGCACUGUGCACUGGGUCCAGGCCGUAGGGUGGUGCAACAACAUAGCCUGGAAUGUGGGUCCUUUAAAUGCCUAUCAAUACCAGCUGGCUCUUGAACGCUUUGAGUGGAACGAGAUCAAGAAGGUCAAAUCAAUCGUCCCCAUGAUCCACGUGUCCUGGAACGUCGCCCGCACAAUCAAAAUCACAGACCCAAACACAUUCAAAAUGAUCAAACAUUGUCUCCUCCAGUCCAUCAAACACAUUCAGAUUUUAAGGGACCAGCUGGUGUCUGCAGGGAAAAAGAUCUCCUAUCAGAGCAGGGUGAAGGAUGAACCAGCGUACUACUGCAAUGAGUGCGAUCUGGAGGUGUUUGACCUGCUGUUUGUGACCAGUGAGAGCGGCAGUAGAAAGACGUAUGUGGUUCACUGUGAGGACUGCGCUCGGGAGCAGAGCCCCAGUCUGAGCGGGGUGGUGGUGCUGGAGCAGUACCGCAUCAACGAGCUCAUGAACACAUAUGAUAACUUCACCCUGGCUCCAGUCCCGUGCUGUAGGUGAACUUGAUGUCUGAAACUACACAGCCAUAACCAAAUCUCCACCCUCCCGCCCCAAAGCAGCGGCACAAACCUUAUGUUACGUUUCUUUUUUUUGUUUGUUAGUUUUUUUGUUCGUUUUUUUUUUUUACCAAAACCACUACUGCAGACUUACGAAACAGCCAAUCAAAUCGCUGUUUACUUCACAUUGUUUACAAUACUAUCAGCCGAUGUCUCUCCAGCGCAGUCGUCUUCCCCUAAGCCAGCUACUGACGGGACAUCCGAUAGUUCUCACGCUCCUGAAUACAGAAAGACUAGAGUGGUGCUACAUCAUUGGACUUGGCUAUCAGGUCAAUCAUCCACAAUGGAUAACUGCUGUGAUUCCUUUUUAAAAAAAAAAAAAAAUUGUCAACUUGCCGAACAUGUGCAUUAAUUCAGGUACUGAUGUAGUUUACGUUUUUUAUGCAAAUGAAAGACGAUUUCACCAGUGCAGUUUGUUUUGAGUAAGUGGUGCUUUGAUACAACGUAUAUAUAUUUAACAGCAGGGGAUUCAUUUCUCUCGGAGCUGAUGACCAUUGCAGCGGCAUUACGUUUUUUUUUCAUUAAGUUGUUUCGGUCAUGUCACAUUUACUACAAGUCUGACCUUUGUAAAUGGUAUUUGCAUAUUUGACUGGGUGCUAUUUUUUUAAGUUGUCAAAGGUUUUCAGAAAGAAAAGAAAAAACCUUUUUUAACAGUCUAGACUAACACCAUUUGGGCCUUGUGGUAUGCAUUUAGAAGAAAAAAAAUGAUUUCAUGGUAUUUGAUUAAAUAAAUAACGACAUUUUCUUAGAGCAUCAAAGUAUCACGUGAGGUACAGUAUAUGUAACAGUUAUUCCAAAAAAUACGGGUUUAAUCUCAAACUUAUUUGACUGCAUUUGUCUGGAAAACCUUGUGUGUGUGUUACGUGAAUCUUUUUGUAUAACUCGAAAAAAAAACGAAAAAAAAAAAUUCCUGCGAACUUGUGGCUUUUGAUGCAUUUCCCAAUCUGAUCGACUCCUUUGAUUUUUUUUUUUUUAAAUCAUUACUGAAAUAGUCUUCGUUGGUUUAGUUUUUUUAAUUUAUUUACUUGUCUUUUCCUUUCGUAUUUAUUGAUCGUUCGUGAUGCUUCUCUUUUUCUGAGAUUUUCAUGCGUAUUUUGUAAUCUUUCUGUUGUGCUGAUGUGGUGAGGCUUACGGGGGAACGUCUGAUUCAAAAUGGUGCUGAUCCCCCUUCCUCCCGGUCUCUCUCUCUCUCUCUCUCUCUCUCUGUCUGUAUAAAUGAUCCGUAGGUUUGAAAACAUGAAUUUAAUCUCACAAAUUGGUGCUUAGAACAGAGUCAGUACACUUUUAUGAACUGAAUGUCUUUGUACUGUAUAUUUAACACAUGAAAUUUGUUUGCUUUACAUGAGGUACAGGAUAUUGUGACACGUGUAUGAUUCCAGUCAUCCUAGCUGUUAUGAUAAUUAUGACCUUUCUGAUUUGUAUCAUAGAUGGAUUGCAGAUUGAGAGUUUUCGGAUUUGCGUUCCAUCGAUACCUCUUGUUUGUUUUCAGGUUCAUUGCCAUUUUUUUGUUCGUUUUACUGUAUAAAAAAAUCAAAAAGGUAAGAUAAAAUAAAAAUAAAAAAAGAAAGGAAAACAUUAAGGAACUGAGCCAGACUUGUUUAAAACAUUUUGUGAUUUUUGUGUGUUAUACCUGAUAUAAUUCUAACUAUAAAAAAUAAAACAUUCUGAUAAAUCCC